AUGUCGCUCAGAUUGCCUGGCUCGCCCAUGGAGGGACUCGGAAUCGACGUCAAAAAAUUCGCCUCAGAUGCUUCAACCCUCUUUAGCAGGGCGAAGCAGUACACAGAAGAGCAACUGCAGUUAGGCCAAGUGGAGAAGACGCCGCUUGACCCGGAUGUGGACGUCAUGUUCCGCCGCUUUCAAGUGAUGCAAGUCAAUUUGUCGAAAAUUUGCGAUUCAAUGAAUGCGCUCGUUCAACCAAACCCAAACCUCCGCAUGGAGAAGCUCGUUCUCAGCAAGUUAGGCUCGAUCAAUCAAAAAUGGGCGAGUUGUGAGAGUAAUAAGGUGAUCGACUCUGGCAACUCGCUUGGACGACCUCAAGACCUCUCUGGGCUGGAAUCACUCGGGUCAUCCCUCCUCUGCUCGAGUGCCGGAGCAAAAGAAAGCAAUGAACAACUAGGAGCUAUUCUUGAGGCUUCUGGUAACGCCCAAAUCGAAAUUUCAAAGGCAGAGAAGAUUUAUUUGGACAAGGCGAAGGAAUGUGUAAUUGGACCAUUCAAGACAUUCCUCGAGAACGAUGCAAAAACUAUUUUCAAGGAAAAGGGAAUUCUGGAGACAAAACGAUUGGACCUGGACGCGGCAAAAGCAAAGUUGAAAAAGGUGAAGACCCUCGAAGGUCGAGAUCAGCAGGAGAAAGAAGUUCGCAAUUUACAGACGGACUUUGAAAGACAACAAGAGCUCCUGAAACUAUUGCUGGAAGGAACGAGCUCGCAUCACUCAACACAGUUGAGAGCGUACCAGGAAUUCAUCGACGCCCAGGUCGACUAUUUCGCUGCUGCUGCGUCUCACGCCAAAUCACUCCAGGCAAAUGCACAGGCCCUCCUCGGAAGCAACGGAAGCAACGGUUUUCCACGACGCGAUUCGCAGACAAAAGCUGUCCCAGUUUCCGACAUCAUUAAAACCGACUAG